AUGUCUGCCAUCAUGUGUGGGACCAAAAAGCACUGGUCUUCAUUAAAGUUCUUCCUCAAACUUGGUUCUCAAUUAAUCUCUCCAAGACCCUUCGUAAGGAAAUUGAAGAGCAUGGAAAGCGACCAGGUGACAAUCAAGGACAUGAAAGUUCAAAUGGCAUCAUCUAGGAGUGAGGUCGUGUCAGGUGCUGGGGUGGAUCUUCAAGGGGCUCCUAAUUUAGGACAAGGUGGCCUUCAGAGACAACCUAGUAUGACCAAGACGAAUUGUCUAUGUUCUCCAACCACACACGCUGGUUCCUUUCGUUGCAGGCUUCAUCGCACCCCUAGUCUUCAGAGGACCAAAAGCAUGGAAUCAGAAGCAGCUACAAUUCAGGCUUCCAUCGUUGAUGCUGUUGCUGAUGCCAACAAGGAUCCACUUCAGUGA